UUGCGGCUGAGCUCGUGUGCGGCGGCGGUGUCGGCGGCGGCUGCAGCAAAGCGUUUGGCGAAAUGUCUCACACCAUUUUGCUGGUUCAGCCUACCAAGAGGCCAGAAGGCAGAACUUAUGCUGACUACGAAUCUGUGAACGAAUGCAUGGAAGGCGUUUGUAAAAUGUAUGAAGAACAUCUGAAGAGAAUGAAUCCUAACAGCCCCUCUAUCACAUACGACAUCAGUCAGUUGUUUGAUUUUAUCGACGAUCUGGCAGAUCUCAGCUGCCUUGUUUACCGAGCUGAUACCCAGACGUACCAGCCUUAUAACAAAGACUGGAUCAAAGAGAAGAUCUACGUGCUCCUUCGCCGGCAGGCUCAACAGGCCGGGAAAUAAUUGAAUUGGAGGAGUUAGGGGCCGGGGGCGGGCUUGGAAUACAGGUGUGUACAGCUUGCUGUAGUGGAAGUUUUGUAUUAUAGUAAUCCUGUUUCCAUUUUGUUACACUCUAGCCAAGAUUGAAUGUAUUAGAUGAAAUGUGAGGAUGUUUUCGAUCUGAAACCCCCAGUGCCUCUUUUUUCUUUUCUUUUCUUUCUUUUUUUUUUUUUUUUUUACUUAAACAUUUUUAUGAUUUAGAUGGAAGUUGUUCUUUGUCAGUUAACGUUGUCAGGCCUUCACACCAUUCAGAUCUGCUUUGUAACAGUCACUGUACUAAUCCUUUAAGAUGGGGUGGGGGGUGGUGAUACAGUUUAGUUAUGUCCUCAAGAUAAAGUCUUAGUGCAAACUAAAUAAAUGUUCUUUAGUUAUA